AUGAAUAGGGCCUCUACCACAGGGAUCGCUUGGUACGACCAAGUUGGACUAAGCUCAGACGACCUUGUGGAGAAUAUACCUCCGUAUGAGGGUAGCCAACUGCGCGCAGAACCACCCGAGGCGGUCGAUGAUGUCUUCCCCAGAACCUCAUUGCGAGAGGACAUUCUCUUCUCAAAACUUCCACAGACGGAAUAUAUACUACUCGCGUUGGACUUCAAGGAGCUUUGCAUGAGCAGAGUAGGGAAGCACUCCGACGGUAAAGAAUAUCGGUAUAAGCCCCUCACUGAGAUUGGGUUCACGUCUCUGGACAUGAGGAAUGUUAUCUAUAAAGCUGGCCAGAAUGUUCGCCCGGGAGACCGUGGAUCAUAUUGGUUCAAACUUAUGGCCCCGAUCCACUUUAGGGUCGAAGAGUACCAAGAUCAUAGGGGGCAUCUAUGCCAGUCUGAUGCCCUCCACGCCCAGUCCUACUCUUUCGCCUUUGGGAAGUCUAAGGCUCUAAGAGAAGCCGAUAUCGCUCUCCGGCUACGGGAUAUAUUCACCGCGCUUCAAAAAUCCAAUCGUACCGACAAAGAGAAAUCCAACAGAAGCAACCGGCAAUUGAUCCUCCUAACGUUCGGUUCGGAGAUGGUGGAAACGACCUUGAGCCGUCUUGGAUUGUCGUGGCUCACCCAGAACAAUGUUAAGAUUUGGGACGUCCAGCGAGACUGGGAACUUGAAUUGCGCUUCGACUGGCCUAAAAUGAAGUUCGAGCACGUCAUGGAGAUUCUGGGGGUGCGGUUCGAGGACACUCGGUUUGGAAGCAUCACCAACUGCGCCGGAAACGCGUCCGUGUUUCUUAUACAGGUAUUCUUGGCGUUGUUCUACAAGAAUGAAGCACAGUGUGUGGCAUUUGCGGCUUGCGAGCCAGUGCCAUGGCUCCCAUUCACGUGGGUUGGGCACACUCUGGACCAGGCCAAUAUCGCGCCUGGAGAGACACCGCAACGCCGAACUGAUGACCAGCUGAAUGACUCUAAUGUACCACAGCGGGUGAAUCGAGAGGUAUUUCGGAGCCUCUAG